GGUCGGAAUGGGUAUCUGGUUUGAAUACAGUACACGUCUUGGGAACUACGCAAGUAAGCAUUCGCAUUUAAUGGCUCCAAAUAUCUUUUUAGACCAGAGAAUUCUCUAAGGUUCAGUUAAUAUACUACCCUUGGCCAAUUUCGUAUUUACAUUUAUUUCAACAUUUAUCCCUAAGCUAUGGACGGGAAAUUCUCACAUGCCCGUGAAGCCAUUGCCUUCGCCCGCAAAAAUUCGACAUACUACAAGCGGCUAUACCAAUCAGUACAGCAGGAUGAGCCAGAUCUAGAGGACUUACCAAUAAUCUACCCAGAUGAGUAUUGGAACUCGGCAAGAACUGACCUUUCCAGUGUCAUGACUGGACCAUUCACCACCGGGAAUAUUUAUUGUAUAAGCGGACCUAGCAACAAGCUUGAGACCCUGCAACUAUCAAGAGAAGAGGAAUUCAAGCUCUCCAGGACUAAGUCUAUUUUAUGGCGAGGAAUUCUUGAUCCUGAGAGAGGAGAGCGUAUUGUGAAUAUUAUGAGCCCCCAUGACCUUCGUCUCGGCUUUUGGGAUACGGUAAACACGUCUAAUGGGAUGGUUGCCCCAGAGUCAGGAGUCCAACUGUUCAUAUCUAACGAAAAGACAAUGGACAGGAUUAUAGAGGAAGUCGAAAGAUUCCAACCCAGCGUGGUAUUUGGAUCGCUACCCGACAUCAUUCGGCUUAGCGAACACCUUGGCGAAAGGCAUAGCACAUUGCCAUCGGUACGAGUCGUACUAUACCUUGGAGGGGCCAUACCCAGGGGUAUUACCCAGUCGUUACAUGAUGGAUUCCCGAAUGCUAGAUUGUAUCCGCCGCUGUACGCCAAACCUCAGCUAGGCCCCCUGGGCUUCCCGGGUGCCAUCCCAACCGGAAUUUACCGGGAUGUCGACCCAAUAUAUAGGGUAUGCGAUUAUGUUGCGGUCUUAGAAAUAGUGACGGAUGAUGGUAUCGUCGUUAAGGAAGCGGGUGUCAAAGGAAACAUUGUCGUCACGCAUCUGAUACGCCGCUUGCAACCCCUAAUACGAUAUCCCAUCGGCGACGUCGCGGAAUGGGUAGACUACGGCUCUCGAAUUUUCAAGUACUGCGGCAAGGCAUCGACCAAAAUCAAGGUCGCUAACACUAUCUUGGACUGGUCUACCUUGAAGGAUAUCACUAGCGACGUCAUGAAGACCGAUGUUAGUGGGCGAUUCCAAUGUAUUCUGCGCCUUCAAGAUAGCUGUCCAAAGCUUGUUCUCCGGCUGGCAUAUCCGAAGCCAUCAGAAGCGGGAGAACUGCGCCAUAAUAUCGAAAAGGUACUAUGGAACACAUCUUCGACAUGGAAAAGCGAUCGCCAGGCAGGUGCUAUUUUAUGCCUUCGCUUGGAGUGGGUCGAUGAUAUACUACUUUGUGUUGGGGAAACUGGAGAAGUACUCGAUGUAGUGGACGAGCGUUAGGAAAUAUCCGAGAAGUAAAUCCAAGCAGCCGAACCACCAGAUACAAGUGGUAAACUAGGGCAUAUCCGC